AUGGAGAAGUAUUGCCUCCAGAAACGUUCUGUUCUUUCGUUCAAAACAGGACGCUAUGAAGACGGAGACAUCAGCUACAUUUGCAAGAGUUCGGAUGAAUCUCUUCUCGCAUUAACUCUGUCUAACGGAAUGGUGCGUAUUGUCAAGUCGGCCGAUCUAUCCAAUGUGGGUGCUUUAAAUAUUGGGCGGACCACCUUGUUCUGCAGUUUGUUUUUGCCGUCCGACCCAAAGGUGCUUGUUCUUAGUGAAAGAAAUGGGCAUAUCACGGUGUUUGACUAUGAGUCGCAAACUAUGAAAGUCGAAUAUAACACUGUUCGUGAAAUCUUUUCCUGUGCCAUUCUAUGCGGAGGGAAAAUGCUCCUGUGCGCAGACAAGCAAAAUAUUUACUUUUACGAACUUGAGACGGGAAAACGCAUUGGAAUGUAUCGAGACCUCCACAGUGAUGUAAUAAACAACCUGAUCGCUCAUCCUACCUAUCCUACUGUGUUUGCUUCUGGUUCUGAAGACGGACUGAUUUGUGUGUUUGACGUUGCUCGAGGGAACCAGGACGACGCUCUUCUGAGCAUUUUCCAAACCGAAAGUGGCGUAGCGAGCAUGAAUUGGUUUGGAGGGAAUCAUGAGCUGAUUUGGUGUGCUUCGAUGACUCGCGGAAUUAGUGUUUGGAAUAGCAUAAACGGAGAUCGACUUACCGAUAUCAACGAUUUUUACCCGAUUCUAUCGAAGCAAGGUAUCGAAAUUGAUUAUGUGGUUGGCUGUAUUCCGUUCCAGAACUCGCUGUAUGCACUCUGUGGCAUGCAGGACGGAGCAGGCUUCGUUGUCUCGGUGGAACAUCCGGAUCAAGUCGUUGUGAGUUGGAAGGGCCACGAAGUGCGUCAAUUGGUGUGA